GUUCCUGUUCGCGUUUCAAGCGCGGCAGCGAGCCGCUCCUCAUGGACUUCGCGCUGGUCAGCUACCACGCGGAGCAACACAUCAGCCACACCAUGGAGAUCCUAGAUGUACCCUGGAGGCCGCAUAUCGGACAAUGCUUAGUCGUUAACGGGGCGAUCCAAUACAACGUGGUCAGAAACCUCACGAUGCCGCGCCCGUUCAGACACCCGAAGUUUGCGAAGCAACUGCCCAACCCAGACAGUAAGAGGCAGAAGAAGCUGACCAAGCAGAACGAGGAGGAGAACAUGGACCCCUUCGACGAGCUUGACAACUGCCUGGACAUGGAGGAUCAUAUACACGAACAACAGGACCUCGCACAAAUGCCGAUGGAGAUGCUUCUCGAGCAGUUGGGGUGCGACACCGACCGCGAGGACGAGUCAGAGCGCCACCUUCAAGGCCACCGGGUGCGAGGCCGUGAAGCUGGGCGAGCAAUAUCAAGGCUCAUGCAUGACAUGGAGGACUUCUACUGCGCGGCCUACAGCAUCCCGAUCAAGGAGAGGCGCAUGUUCAAAGGAAGGGGCAUCCCGAAGGAGCUGAAGUGCAAAGAGCAGAAAGAACGAGGACCCAGGCACGCAAGACAGAAGGACCACAACGCAGACUGGUGGCACGGAACGGCGAACACCCUGAACACGAUCGAGCAGCUCAAGAAGCGCACCAGGGGCAAUGAAAUACAGAACAGGGCGGCCACGACAUGCAGACUACUCGCCAUAGAAGGAAUACCACCACUCGGCCACCAGGCAUCGGCAACGGCACGGCUUCACAGGAAGAUUUGGAAGACGAGACUACUCAGCAUCGACAAGCAGGAAGUAGACAUCAUCGAGGGCAUGCGACGACAAGCGGAGCAGCAGGCACAUAAGACCCUCAAAGACGACAUCGCGAACGGCAGGAAGGCACACAUCAAAUGGAUCGCGACGACAGCCAAGGAAUCGCCAGGGAAAAUGCACACCAUCACGAAGGACGGGAAGCGAUACGAACAGGAGCUACUAGACGAGUUGGACAAGAGACACUCACCAGUGGGCAAGAUGGACGCCAAGCGGAAGAUCUUCGAGAGCAUCUGGAGAAAUGGGCACGGCGCUGCAGACGUGGAGCUCCUCAAGGACCUCAGACGACUGAGCUGCUUACGAGAAGCCAUGCUCAGAAUCAUCGACGACGAGACCGCAGACGCCUUAGACGCCACCACGGCAGGGGCCCUCAUAGACAUCGAGAGGUUCUACGACAACGUCCAGUUCGAGUACACCGCGCGAGCAGCCCAGCACUUCAGCUUCCCGACGCGCAUAUUGGCCAUGUCGCUGAUACAGCACAUGACAUCGCGACUCCCACGACAGGAAGGGCGCUACAGCGAGCACACGCUGGCCAGCAAGUCCCUCCUGGCGGGCUCACGCCACAGCAAUAACUUGGCAAGGGCCCUGGUAUACAUCACGAUCACGAGACACCUGAACGAAGAACCGACGUCAAACCCCAGGAUACGGUUUGACGACACCAGCCUCAGGGCAACAGGAAGCAAGACGGCAGCGGAGCAAGACAUCGCACGACACGUAGGUUCGCUCAACCUGCAGCUGUCAAAUAAUCAUCCAAAGAUGGCGGAGAAGUCGGUGGUAUUCGGCCCAACCACCAAGAGCACCGCCAACAUCACCAAGAAGCUCGCCAAGUUCAACAUCAAGGUCAAGCCAGUCAGAGAAGGCAGGGACCUAGGACUCGACCGUGGCGCGCGGCCUCUCACCACACGUGCCACACACAGAGUCAGAGCAACGAAGGCGGGCAAGCGAUUCAACAUGGUAGGCAAGAAGCUGAGGCAGCUGAACACCAAGCAGAUCAAGGGCAUCGCGGAGCAAGGGGCGAUGGCAUCGAUACUGCACGGGCGCAGGGCGUUCGGCAGCUCGCCAUCCGAGCUGAAGCGCAUCAGAAGGCAGUACGGCAAGGCACUAAGACGAACCUGGACGGGAGGAGCGGACUUCACGGACGUCAAAAGACAGAUCAACAAGCUCAAGAGGAACGGCAAGUACCAGGACUACGGAGCACUACUCGCGGCGGUCUGUGGUGGUACUUGGACGGGAGCGCGAAAGGCGGCGGCAUUCGGCACAGCGGGUGCGUGCAAGUGCGGGGCGCUGGACACGGACUUCCACCGCAUCUAG